UGGGCACAGGUGGGUGGCACUGCUGGGCACAGGUGGGUGGCACUGCUGGGCACAGGUAGGUGGCACUUCUGGGCACAGGUGGGUGCACUGCUGGGCACAGGUGGGUGCACUGCUGGGCACAGGUGGGCGGAGCUAGUGGGCGCACUGCUGGGCACAGGGGGCGGAACUUGCGGGUGGCACUGCUGGGCACCGAUCAUCAGGGCACUGAUCAUCAGUGCCCUGAUGAUCGGUGCCGAUCCCCGCUCUGACAACUGCCGGUUCUCGGCAGUACUUUCCUCACGAUCUGACAGCGUGAGGAAAGUGCAGCCGAGAACCGGCACUUGC